CAGGUGCUCAAAACAGUUUCGUCGCAGUUCUCCAACGGUACAGAGGUGCAAUCGCUUAAUACUCGCAAAAACAAUCAGUACCCAAUUAUUAAAUAGUUGCUAACAAGUUCAAAAAUGCUGCAAUAUCUCGUUGUUAGCCUGGCACUUUGCGCCACAAUUUGCUCUGCUGCGCAGACGCGUAAUAUGCCCAUACAAGCCAUUGCCUAUCUGACCGGACCCGUGCAAUCGGAUAAUACCCAGGUCAAGGGCAACGUGACCUUCACGCAGAACGACUGUGGCCAGAAUGUCCAUGUGCGCGUCCAGCUGGAGGGAUUGAAGGAGGGCAAGCACGGCUUCCACAUCCACGAGAAGGGGGAUCUGACCAACGGAUGCCUCAGCAUGGGUGGUCACUAUAAUCCCGACAAGGUGGAUCACGGUGGCCCCGACCACGAGGUGCGUCAUGUUGGCGAUAUGGGCAACCUGGAGGCCAACUCCUCGGGCAUCAUCGACGUCACAUACACGGAUCCGGUGAUCACCCUAACUGGCAAGCAGGCGAUCAUUGGCAGGGGAGUUGUGGUCCACGAACUGGAGGAUGAUCUCGGCCUGGGCAAUCACACGGACUCCAAGAAGACCGGCAAUGCUGGCGGCCGCAUUGCCUGCGGUGUUAUUGGCAUCAAUGGCCCACCUGUACCUGCUCCUGCACCUGCACCUGCACCAUCAACACCACGCCAUCAACCACUGUACUAUGUGCCCCAUGGGGAGCCACAAGAUCAUGUUGUCUAUCCACUCCAGCGCUAUCCCUUGCCAUACCCAUACCCAUAUCCAUAUCCGCACCCAUACCCCUAUCCGUAUCCGUUGUCGCACCAAUUGUAUCUGUGAGAUCGCGAGACUACACCGUUCGCCUGUUCCACCUUCUAAUUGCAGCUCGGAUGUGGACGAGUGGCCAUGUCGCGAUGGUGGCGCCGGCGCCCUGCGCUACUCCUUCUCCAUCCUGACCCUCGUCGUGGCCAUCUUCUUGGCCCGCAGCCUUGACUAACCCAACACCUGCAACCGGAUUGGAUCGAAUGCAUGCAUGGGAAUGUGGCACGGGAUUGUUGGCCAUCGUAGUGAUCCGCAUCCCCACUUACACACUAAUCACAACCAUUAGUCGCACAACACCACAACAGUAAUUAUAAUACUCCAGCAUUAUCCACCCAAAUAGAGAACUCAAAGCAACUAACUAAGCUACUUGUAAAGUGUUUGAAUUGAUCGAUAAUAAAGUUUGUUAUUUGUA